AGCGACCUCUGCAUUUGACAUCUCAUUUUCUGCCAUGCAUGGUAGAUCAAUUGCAGUGUAAUUCGUGAAAAUAGUGGUGUUUUUGCAGUUAAUCUUGUAGUGUCCGUCACCAAAAUGCCUUCUAGCGAUCCUCUACCACCUAAAGAAAGUGCUCUUUUCAGAAAAAUCCUGAAAUGCUACGAGAUGAAACAAUACAAGAAUGGCCUGAAGCUGGCGAAGCAGAUUCUCUCGAAUCCCAAGUUUCAGGAGCACGGAGAGACGCUGGCCAUGAAGGGAUUGACUCUGAAUUGCCUGGGACGCAAGGAGGAGGCGUACGACCACGUCCGCCGGGGGCUGCGCAAUGACCUGCGGUCGCACGUGUGCUGGCACGUGUACGGACUGCUGCAGCGCAGCGACAAGAAGUACGACGAGGCGAUCAAGUGCUAUCGGAACGCCCUAAGAUGGGAGAAGGACAAUAUCCAGAUUCUGCGCGAUCUGUCAUUGCUGCAGAUCCAGAUGCGCGAUCUCGAGGGGUACAAUGAGACGCGGAGUCAGCUGUUCCAGCUGCGUCCGUCACAGCACGCCAGCUGGAUUGGCUUCGCGAUGAGCUACCAUCUCCUGGGGGACUUCGAGAUGGCCAACAGCGUCCUGGAGACGCUGCUGCAAUCGCAGACGCCCAUAGACACGCACGACUACAAGCACAGUGAGCUGCUGCUGUACCAGAACCAGAUUCUGCAGGAAUCCGGGCAGGUGGACAAGGCGUUCAAGCAUCUGGAGGAGUUUGCAUACCAGAUCGUGGACAAGCUGGCCGUGCAGGAGACCAUGGGAGACUUGUGCCUCAAGAUGGGACGCCACGCGGACGCUGUGCCCAUUUACAAGGAGCUCCUGCAGCGCAAUCCCGAGAACACGCUCUACUACCGGAAGUUCGUGGAGGCGCGACAGCUGGAGGGCGAUCAGGGGGAGCAGCUGGAGGUGUUCCGCCAGUUCCAGAAGGACUUCCCCUCCGCCAUCUGCCCGAAGCGUCUGCCGCUGGACGUGGCGACUGGCGAGGAGUUCCGCCGCCUCGUGGAUCAGUACUUGCGUCGAGGACUGCGAAAGGGCGUGCCGCCGCUCUUUGUAAAUAUGCGCUCCCUCUAUGCCGAUCCCGACAAGGUGGCGACCAUUGAGUCCCUGGCUGUCAGUUACUAUGACGCGCUGCAGGAGUGCGGCUACUUCGCGCGGCAGGACGCCGAUGACCCUGAGGCGGCCAAGGAGCCCGCCUCGGCGCUCCUGUGGACGCUCUACUUCCUGGCGCAGCACUUUGACCAUCAGCGACAGACGGAGAGCGCGCUGAAGUACAUCGACGCGGCCAUCGAGCACACGCCGACGCUGAUCGAGCUGUUCGUGACGAAGGGGCGCAUCUACAAGCACGCCGGCGACCCGUACGAGGCCUUCCGGUGGCUGGACGAGGCGCAGAGCCUGGACACGGCCGACCGGUAUAUCAACUCCAAGUGUGCCAAGUACAUGCUGAGGGCCAACUUGGUCAACGAGGCGGAGGAGGUGUGCGGCAAGUUCACGCGCGAGGGCGUGCUGCCGAUGGAAAAUCUCAACGAGAUGCAGUGCAUGUGGUUUCAGACGGAGUGCGCGCUGGCGUACCAGCGCCUGGAGAAGUGGGGCGACGCGCUGAAGAAGUGCCACGAGGUGGACAGACACUUCUCGGAGAUCAUCGAGGACCAGUUCGACUUCCACACGUACUGCAUGCGGAAGAUGACGCUGCGGGCGUACGUGGGACUGCUCAGACUCGAGGAUGUGCUCAGGAGGCAUCCGUUCUACUUCAAGGCCGCCAAGUGUGCCGUCGAGGUGUACAUUCGGCUGUACGACAAGCCGCUGAAGACGGAACAGCAGACCGAGGAGAUAGACACUGAAAACCUUCCGCCUUCUGAACUGAAGAAGCUGCGGAACAAGCAGCGCAAGGCGAGGAAAAAGGCUGAACUGGAGAGCGCUCAGGCGGCGCAGGCUCAGGUGAAGAAGGAGCACCGCAAUAAGUCGCGCCAGCAGCAGAAUGCGGACGGUGAUCCAGAGGCGCCGCAGUUGGAUGAGUUGAUUCCGGACAAGUUGGCGCGUCCCGAGGAUUCGCUGGAGAAGGCAAUUGAGUUUCUCAAGCCACUGCAGACGCUGGCCAAAGACUGCAUCGAGACGCAUCUGCUGGCCUUUGAGAUUUACUAUCGGAAGAACAAGUUGCUGCUGAUGCUGCAAUCACUGAAGCGUGCUCAGGCGAUCGAUGCCAAUGAUCCGGACCUGCACUCGGCGGUUGUGAGGUUUCGCGGUGUGAUGGACAAGGCGACGGACGUUCCUCCGCAGGUGAAGACUGUCCUGGACAGGGGCACAGAGUGCCUGUUCCAGGGGAAGACGGCAAUUCAGCUGAAUGACAGCUUCCUCAAAGCCAAUGGCAAGUCAAUUCGUCACGUGUUGGAGGCGGCAAAGAUUAUGUGUGAACUGGAGCCGGAGAAGCGAGAGACUGCCAUCAAUUUGGUCACGGCAUUCGAUGUGGAGCAAUUGAAGUUGGAGGACUGCACGAGAGUGUUCAAUAGUAUGAAUAAGGGUGACUUUGGUGAUGGUGACUGUGCGAUAGCGUACAAGAAGAACUGCUCGCGUCAAUUUCCCUAUGCUGUUGUCUUCAAGAACAUGCAGAACCUGCCGUAUCUCAAGCCGAUGGGCAAGAAUCACGUGGAAUCGCCUGCUGUACAGUCGCAUGAUUGCCCGCAAACAUCACCAGUCUCAUCUCAACCCGCCACGCAACUUGAGCAAUCGACCAGUGAAUUGAAAUGAAAUCGAAGAACAUUUCUCAUACAAUACAUACAUAAUUUAUGAAUAUCUCUCCAUGAUGAUGAAAGCGCAUAACUAUGGGUGUUUCGUAAGUGUAUGAUGAAGCAAAAGGACACCAAAUUUACAAGCAAAAAAAAAAUGGGGAAAAUCAUAAGAAAUUUGUACACUAAAAAAUAAUAGCGAUAGAAUGAGAAAUUUGGUGAAUUUAAUUGGUAUAUAAAUGAAUUAAAAAUUUUAGCAUGGAAACAUUUUCACAACAUUAAUUGAAGAUGAGGCAGAGAGAAGAGGCAAGAGUUUACAACUUAGCGAGGAGUAGCGUUAAUUUUAAAAAUCGCCACAAUAAGGGUCUAGUCUAUAAAAUACUAGAGAUGUGUGAAAGAGAGAGAGAUAUCGAAUCUUCGUGAAGCAAGAACAAAAAAACAACAACUCAAGAUAUCAUUGACCAUAUAGUGAAGUUUGAAAAUAUUACAAACCGUGAGAAAGACAACGUGUGUGUGUAUUUCUUUGGAGGAGCGAAAUUAUAAAUAUGAGCGGUAAAAUUGUCAACCCUUAUCUAGAAUCUUUUAAUAUUCAUCUUUGACAUGGAAAAGAAAUCAUAGAAAUGAGUUUAAUCAGUGCGAGUUUUUUCUGGUGAUUCUGUCCUCACGGCGCAGAAUGAUAAAUUGAAAAAUGUGUAACUAGGUUAUUAAUAAAUUGCCGUAUAAAUACAUAUUUAGGAUCAUU